AUUCUCUACCUAACAACUACUUCUUACUUUGCCUCAAUCACUAUCUUUCUAGCUUAUCUUAAUACGUCCCUGGUUGUGUUCUCUUCAAGCAUAUGUGAGUCACUCCCCUAGUCAUCACGAUCCCCGUCACAGACUCGUCUGUGAGUCGGACCAUAACUGAUGGCAUUUCGCCUAUGAUGUACUAACUAGUCAAUAAUCCUGCUGCCUUCCAGCGCCUCUCUUGUCCCCUGCCUUCAUUUGUGCCCGUGGGUACUCCGUGUCAUCCCUGCACGCGAUGGAUGACGAUUGAUGAGCAUGAAGGUUGAUCUACCACUCUGAUAACCAUUCUCUCUGCUCUUUCCUCGGAUUGAAUCGCUUCGACGCCCAGCCAUGGAUUCUGAGGAGGUCCCUCCUCCUCCGCCUUACUCCGCGGUUGACCCGAUGAUCCCCCAAGCCAACAAUAGAAAUGCCGCUGCAUCUGCGGAAGUCAAUCGAACCUUGCUCCGCUUGCGCGGGGGUGAUGCAGCAUCUUAUAGCCCACCUGCAAGUCCCACGACGAGCGUCGCGGGGAGUGAGAGCACAUCGGCCUCCGCUGCCGUGCCCGCUCAUUUUGCCUCUGCGGCUGCUUACUUCGCCGAGAGGGCCCCGCCAGCACAGAACCCCGAGCGAUCGAUCGUGGAACAUUGCGUCACCAUUUAUCCAAGGAGUCAGUCCAAGGAUUUCCCGCGUCGUCCGCGGUGCUGGAAUACGCGCACGGAAGACAUCACCCAGCAGGACUGGGACAUGUUUCUGCGAUGUCUUUUCCCGCCACAUCUCGGGCUUGCGUCGUCGUCUUCCGAACUACCCCGCCAACUCAGAGCUGAGAUUCAGCGCGAUCGCAAAGAUCGACCACAGGAAAGCGAUGCAGAUCGCAAACGGCGCAUCGCCGCGGUAAUUAUGGAAUGGAAUCAAUAUUUCUUCGAACCUCGGUCAGCGCGUGUGAUGUAUAACUACGUGAUCGACCCUCAACGGGCACCGCGAUCAUCUCUGUGCCCUAGAUGCUACCCCGCGGCAACGAGUCGCACUGGACAGGCUUCCUCGAACGCGGCCCGAAUUCUUCAGCAGGAACCGAGCCCGUCACCGGCAGCCCCAGGACCGGUUGCUGCCGCUACACCGAAUGCUACACCCAGCCCCGCACCCUACGGUUAUCCCCCCUUUCCCCCUCCUCCGCCUCCUGGUCCGUAUGGAGCCCCAUAUGGUCCUCCUGCGUUCUAUACUGCACCUGCUGUUCCUCCUGUUCCUCCUGUUCAACCUCCUGUAUAUCCUUAUGCGUCUCCGCCUCCGCCACCCCCAGGACAAUAUCCACUACCGAACACUUGGGGGUGGAACGCUCCCCCAUACGGUUAUGCUUGCCAGAAUCAAAGCCAAUUGAAAGGCGGUCCUUUGGGGUGGAUAGCAUCUCUGGCUUCUCAAGCGCAGCGUUACGGCGAGCGUAUCACGGAACAAGCCGCACAAUACGGUGAUCACAUUAGUGCACAAGCCCAGCACUACGGUCGGCAGGUCGAAGAGCAGGCCCUGGCCCAUAGCCGUUGGUUGGAGGAGCAAGCUGGUCUGUCAGGGCGGAAAAUGGAAGGGGCGUUUACUGGUUUCGUGGGUCGCCCGCAAAACGAGUGGGGUGCGGCUGAACCCCCCAAGAUUGGAUACUAUAACGCCCCCUACACGCAGUCCGUGGCUGCCCCAACCGAAGUCACAAGUGGCAUUACUACAAAUCAGCAGCCUGGCUCAACACCCUCCGAACGCACACGACGGGCAUCUGUAAGCUCGGAAGCCUCGGACACCUCUUUUUCAUCGAUCGACACCUUUUCAACCACAUCAGAGCUCAGCGCAUCCGACUUGGCUACUGUCCGCGCACAGCUGCUCUCACUGAACGACUACCACGACCGAGCUCUGUAUGAACAGGCCGUGGGCCUACGCCGUCAGCUGGAUCUCUUGCAGGAAUCACGACGGCAGACCCGCCUCUCGGGCCGAAGAGACUGGCGCCACGGUUGGGGGCGAUGGGAAUCGCCACAGCAGCAGCAGCGGAAACAAGCCGAGAAGCGUGCCGUGAAGGAGGAGACGCGGGCGACGCGGAAGGCGUUCCGGGAUGUGGUGCGGCGGGCCCGUGAGGAGCAGCGUGAGCAGCGACGGGUCAGGCGCAACCGUCGCCGCCAAGAGCAACGAGCGCUACAGUCGUCAGAGACUGCAGCUGAUCCGGCACUGGAGCAGCAUAUACAGAACCUGAGUUUGGAGAAUAGCUGCGAGGCUCAGCAGACGACCCCGUCGUCUGCAUCGCUUUCGCCUCCGGUGCGGUUCGAGCUGGAGGCGAAUGAGAUCAGCCCGGUCAAUACUCCGAACACGAAAUCAACGGGCAAAGAAGAGAAGGAAGAAGAGAAGGAGGCAGUGCAGAAAGGAAAUGCGGAAGGCGGCGUUGUGUCGGUGGAUAAAGGGGUCGACAAGGCGGCCCAUGAGACGAACGCUGAGCACGCCAAACGAGACCUGACAGGGCGCAAAUGACCGAGCAUAGUGAAGUUAGUUAGUGUUGUCGAUUAGCAAGCGGGCUGGGAUAUGCAUAGCAAGGUGUCUGUCUGUCUGUCUGUCUAUCUCUUGUGUAUUGGGUUCGAAGCCGAGGCAUUUCUUCUGCGGAGUUGUGGCAUGUACAUACAGCAUGUUGGCACUAGUCAUUUUCAGGAGCACCUUGGAACACCUCAACCUCAGCAUAAACCUCUAUCGCUCGCCAACUAUUUGUAUGAUUCUGAUGUCCGA